UUCUCAGACAUCAGGGAGUUUCACUUCUCACAAAGUGAAACGCAACAGCAGUUAGCUCAACAGACAGACAGUGAAGAAGUUAUGUUCAGAUAUACAACAGAGUUCAGGAGCUGACUUUCAACUUGACAAAUACACCACAAAUACCUGCAGACAUUCAGGAGACGCAGCAGAAUGCUUUCAUCUGCGGCAGUCGUGCUGACUCUCGUCUCUUUCGCCUGUGGAGAAAACCCUGCUGUGCAAGUCCUUCUGACCAACAAAGGACUUCAGUACGGAAAGCAUGUAGGUGCAGGAUGGAUUCAGGAUAAGUUGACGCAGAUCACUCUGCCUGACAUCAGCGGCAAGGUCUUUGGCAUACACUUCACACUAACAGGCACCACCAUAACAAAAUGUGACUUUCCGGAGCCAACUGUUGAGUUUUAUCAAAACGCCACAGGAUUCAAGUCAUCCAUCUCAGGUCUCAGUGCUGCCCUAACCGGCGAGUGGACGACAGCGUUUGGUUUAAUACAUGACAGUGGAACGUUCAGCAUGGCUCUGUUUAGUGUGGAUGUGACCUGGGUGGUGUCGCUGGGGAACGAUUCUGGUGGACAUCUGUCUGUCACCAGUAACGGCUGUGAUGCUCUCAUUGGAAAUAUGGACAUACAGUUACGUGGAGGAGCCAGCUGGAUAUUCAAGCCUAUUCUGGCGCAUUACAUGGGGCGUCUCAAAGAUGAAAUACAAAGCAAAAUCUGUCUUUUCGUGCAGGCAUCUGUUGUAAGCAUGGAGCACCACCUACAGCUCAUGAAUGUUUCCUUUGAUGUGGAUCAAUUCCUUACCCUUGACCUCCCUCUCACCGGCUCACCUCUUAUUGAUGCUUCAAGUCUGAAUCUGGGUCUCAAGGGGGAGUUCUACAACACCAAAACUCAUAAAGACCCCCCCUUCAAAGCCCAGCCUUUCACGUUGCCUGACCAGCCGGGCUACAUGUUGUCACUGGGCCUGUCUGAGUACACUGUGAACUCUGCCUCGUAUGGAUACUACUCAGCGGGACUGCUUCAGACCCUCAUCAAUGAUAGCAUGAUACCUCCGAGCUUCCCUGUGCGCCUUAACACCAGCUCAAUGGGGCCUUUCAUUCCUCAGCUUCCCAAGAAGUUUCCAGGUCUGCUGAUGAAACUGCAGGUCUAUGCCAGAGAGGUUCCACUGUUUUCAUUCCAGCCUGGUGCUGUUAAACUGAACCUUAAGGGUGCUGUUAAGGCUUUUGCCAUCCAGCCAAAUGGUACCCAGACCCCACUGUUCAAACUCAAUGUUGAUACAGAUUUCAGCGGUAAAGUGUGGAUCGCUGAUGGGAAACUGAAGGGCUCCAUGGGAAUGAACAAUCUCACACUGACGCUGGCAUCGAGUGAAGUGGGACCCUUUCAGACAGCUGCUCUCGAAAAACUUGCAAAGAUGGGAUCAGCGAUGCUCAUGGGAAAAAUCAACGCUGAACUGGGCAAAGGUGUUAAUUUACCCAGAAUGAAACAAGCAGAGCUGGUCAACGCAAUUCUGAAGAUGAAUCAGGGAUUCAUAACCAUCUCGUCAGAUGCUCAGGUGUAGACAGACACAAGCGUCAACUGAUGGACAGACUAACCUGCUUAUACGUGGAUGCUCCUCAUCUAUGUUCAGAUUCCUGAGCUUUAAACCAGUAAACAAACUGGUCUGGUUGUCUGGCCUGUGAUCUGACACCAUAUAACAAAAACAUGAAUGUUUUCAAAAGGUAAAGUUAAGACUGCCUCAGUGUGGUUUCUGAACUGUAAAUGAUUAACAAGUCUUGGCCUGCAGCACAUAAUCAAUGUUUUUGUACUCACUUCACAGUCUUCAUGUCAAAUAAACCGUGACAAAUAAAACCUGCAGUUUAA